AUGCUCAUUGCAGCCCCACAAAGGUCACAGGUUGAUGCAAUCAAACAAGUGAUUGUCAAGAAAUGGAAGAUUGAAGAUAAUGGUUCAGUAAAGGAGUUCCUGAAUGUCAAAAUCACAUGUGAUCAAGAGAAUCAGACAAUUUAUCUAGACCAGAAAGCAUACAUCAAGGAGGUUGUUGACAAGUGGAUACAGCCCAACAAAAAGACUUGGACUCCAAUGACUGCAACACCUACCAAAGCAUCUGCAGACACCAAAGUCCAAGAGGACCUCCAAUGGAAAUACCCAAUGCUGGUGGGAAAACUGCUUUGGGUGUCAAACACUAUUUGGCCCAACAUCUGCUAUGCAGUCAACACACUUGUAUGA